GAGGCACCUGCAAUAUGUUUCUCAUCCAAACCCACUCAUGCCCUUCAUUCUGCUUCCUCGUUUCUCCAAGACGCCUCCAUCCCAGCCUCUGUUGUCGCGAACGAUGGAUGGGUUGUUGGUCCAGAAGGACGGCUUCUCCUCUGGAUCCCACUCACAUUCCACCCGUUGAUGUAUGCCCAGGGCAACACGCUCGUUAUACCUAAUCAUGCCUCGCAGUUUGAUUUAAGUUAUUUCGCGCACGGCACGUCGUGGCACAAGUGUAGGGCAGGUGGCUGA